AAGGAUGAGGAAUCUACUGAUCAAACCUCCACAGAGUCUCUGGAUUCUGCCUGUAACGCUGGAGAACAGCAGCAGAUUCUGCAGACCACACUGAAGAUGUGUUCAGUCAAACUGGUGGACUGCAGGAACCUGAAGAUGAAGAUAAAAACAAAACCUAUUGAAGAGGAAAAUCGCACAGAGGACUUUAUUUUGCCAGAUGUGAAGAGUGAUUCAUGUUCUGAUGAAGGAAGGUCCUCAACAUCAAAAGAGCGACUGACAGCACAAACUCAAGAGAAGAAACUUCAUUCAGAAGAGCAAAGAGAGAAAAAGAAGAAAAAGAAGCAGCAGUUUCACUGUGAGCAUUGUGGGAAGAAUUUUGUCUACUUAUCUCAGCUUAAAGCCCACACGAGGACACACAGUGAUGAAAAGCCUUUCUACUGCACUGAAUGUGGCAAUUACUUAAAACCAAAUAUAGUCUUGAUGCUCAUAAAAGAAUUCACACAGGAGAAAAAGCAUACAAGUGCAGCGAAUCUGAAAAAACUAGGGAUUCGCGUUCAUCACAACCACAUCAGAAUAUUCACUCCAAAGAGAAACUGUAUCAAUGUUCACACUGUGAUAAACGUUUCCAUCUGAAAUAUCUUCUGAUACGCCAUGAAAAAAUUCACACAGGAGAGAAACCUCAUCACUGUAGUGUCUGUGGGAAGAGUUUUAAUCAACGUUUCAACUUAGUGUUACACCAGAGAACUCAUACAGGUGAAAAACCUUACAAAUGUCCUCAUUGU